AACUAAGAAAUGAGAUAAGCGACUGCAAAAUGCUUUGAAUUUUCCCCAUCUUAAUCCACUACCUAUAUAUAGUCUAGAGCCACAUCUUGGAACUUCAGGUUAUCUUGAAAUAUUUAUCAAUUCUCAAUCCUCAAUCCACAAAUGGGAAAGGUCUGCAGCUUCAUAGCCUUGGCCAUGAUCCUGGCAUUAGCCAAUUCAUUUUUGGGUAAUGCACGAGACCCAGAUAUCCUUAAGGAUUUCUUAAUACCUACAGGCCUUGACCCCAGCAACAUAACUAGCCAAUUCUUCACCUACACAGGGUUCAGAGAAUUAGUAAACGUGAAUGCAACAGGAAAAACUGCAGCCAUAGUAACAAUAGCAUCAAUGAAAGAAUUCCCUGCCCUGGAAGGCCAAGCCGUGUCUAUUGCUGCACUUAUAUAUCCUCCCUCAGGCAGCAACCCUCCUCAUGUUCAUCCAAGAGCAGCAGAGCUCCUGAUAGUCUUACAAGGAGUUCUUGAAGUUGGGUUCGUCGACUCGACAAACAAGCUUUUCAAACAAACUCUUCAGGUUCCUGAUAUGUUUAUCUUCCCGAAAGGACUGGUUCAUUUCCAGGUUAACACAAGGAGCGAUUCUCCCGCAUUUGCUCUUGGGAUGUUCGGAAGUGCAAAUGCAGGGACUGUUUCAUUGCCUAGUACUGUGUUUGCAAGUGGGAUUAGUGCAGAAAUUCUUGCUAAGGCCUUCAAAACUGAUUUGGAGACCAUAUCCAAGCUAAUUGCUGCUAAUAACAUCACAAAAGCAGCAUAAAGUUGUUGACUCUGAUAAUAAGAAAAAUAAAAUAAAAAUGAUGAUGAACAUGAUCAAGCCAAAAACAACAUUCUGAUGUCAAAUGAAAUAGACAAUAACUUGUGUAUUGUUGUUUGUUAUCCGUUUAGAAAUAAUUAUUUCAUGUUUAAUGCAAUAUUUCUUGUUGAGGGUA